CGCCUCUCGAGAUGCCCAGCGUCCUCUUCGUCUGCCUUGGCAACAUCUGCCGCUCGCCGCUCGCCGAGGCGGUCUUUGCCGACAUGGCCAAGAAGCGCGGCCUCGAUAUUCAGGUCGACUCGGCGGGGACGGCCGGCUACCACGUCGGCGAGGAGCCCGACGAGCGAUCAGUCGAGACGUGCAGGAAGCACGGCGUGCCCAUCAACUCGCUGUGCCGGCAACUCGAGAAGUCGGACUUUACCUCGUUCGACUACAUCGUCGGCAUGGACACGAUGAACAUGUGCAACAUUGACAAGGCCAAACCCAAGAACUCGACGGCCAAGAUUGCGCUCUUUGGCGACUUUGGCGACGGCAAGGUGAUCGAGGACCCGUACUACGGCGGCCCGGGCGGCUUCGAGAAGACGUACCAGCAGUGCGUGCGGUACUCCGAGGGGCUCUUGCGGGACAUGGGCUUCGAGGAGGGCAAGGAGGGCAAGUUGUAGAGCUGCUCGCGAACGAAUGAUAGACGGACCACGUUGCACAUAG